GGUCGAAGAGAGGCAGCGGCGGCGACGGCGGCGGGUCUGGCGUCGCCCUCGACGAUGGCACAGUCGACGCAAAGACAGAGACUGAGAUAACGACGUACCAAGGAAGAUUGGAUUCAGAGACCCACCAACAACCUACUCAGACACAAAAAGACAAGCCAAAACUUCCAUCUGGAGAUCCGCUUUGAAGCUGCAACAGGAGUACAAAACAACGUCAGGCGUCGAUUCGCCAUUCCGGAUAUUGGACGCUUUCAUUGCGUUGGGCUUUCGUCCUACUGCGUGCCAAACAUCCGGACUGGAUCAGGCGUUUGAAAGGUUGAGGGCUGUUUUUCUCCAGGCAACUGAAUUGCUGAGCUGACGGCUGAAAGAAAAUGAUGUGAGCUUUGACCUGCUGCAAUACCGAGAGGAAACCUUUCAUAUUUCUGUUGCUACCGUGGCAAAGGUUCCACCAUGGCGGGAACUCUGUACCGAAACUGCACAAUGCUGCAGAUACUGGAGAACGACACCACCAACUGCCUCCAGGUGACCAGCUCUGCCGACACCUACAAGGUCAUCAACGCCAUACUCUACGCUCUCGUCAUGAUUAUCGGCCUCAGCGGCAACACGCUCGUCAUCUACGUCAUCCUGCGCUACAGCAAAAUGCAGACGGUCACCAACUUCUACAUCUUCAACCUGGCGCUGGCGGACGAGAUCUUCCUCAUCAGUAUCACGUUCAUCCUGACCACCAUGGCGCUGGGCCGCUGGCCGUUCGGGCUGGUAGUGUGUAAGAUCUACUGGACCAUCACCAGCAUCAACCAGUUCACCAGCAGCCUCUUCCUGACGGUGAUGAGCGCCGACCGGUACCUGGCGGUGUGCCACCCCAUCAGCUCCACCCGCUGGCGCACCCCGAUCGUCUCCAAGAUCGUCUGUCUGACCGCCUGGACCGUGAGCUCCCUGAUGGUGGUGCCGCUCUUCAUGUACGCGGCGGAGUACGAGGGCAAGUGCAACAUCUACUGGCCCGACUCGAUCGGAGGAGAGAAGGCCUUCACACUCUACACCUUCGUGCUGUCGUUCGCUAUCCCGGUGGUGCUGAUACUCAUCUUCUACAUCUUUGUCAUCAACAAGCUGCGUCACGUCGGCCCGAAGAACCGAUCGCGGGAGCGCAAGAAGAGCCAUCGCAAGGUGACGCGCCUGGUGCUGACCGUCAUCACCGUCUACUUCUUCUGCUACCUGCCCUUCUGGGUGACCCAGCUGACCAUGAUGCUCUCCCAGGAGUCGCGCGUCCGCCACAGCCCCGUGGUGGUGUGUGUGAUCCUGCUGGUCUACAUCCUCACCUACUUCAACUCGGCCGUCAACCCCAUCCUGUACGCCUUCCUCAGCGACAACUUCAAAAAGUCGUUCGUCAAGGCAUGUCAGUGCGCCCGUCUGCCCGACGUCAACAACGUCCUACAGGUGGAGAACUCGGUGUUUCCGCGCCGCAGCGGCGCCAAGCAGGUCGAACAGCGCGAGAUGGAGGAACGCGGUCUGUCGGCCGACCCGAGCACCGGUCUCACAGGCCUGGUCACCUCGCGCUCCUACAACCGCGUCUGCCUGAACGAGGCCACCUCCAACGGCCACCUGACACUCAAAGUGCCCGCAUCGGCUACCAGCAUUUCAACCUGCUAAUGAACUUCUCCAGAAUGAUAGACGCAAUUACAGGGUAUUGUGUGGUUGCUGCAAAAAAGACAUUUAUUAGCCAGGGUAUGGCAUGGACAUUGGACUUGAUAUCAACAUGUUUUCUGUGUAACCUGCGUCACUGUAGGACAAUCAUAAGACAUUCCUUUUGGUGUUUACAUGUAUGUGUUCAAAUAUAUGUACAGAGUGGGCUGAGCAGCCCGUGACGUGCAUCUACGGCAUCACAACUCCGUCAGCUGGUCAAUAGGACCGGCAAAGAGCUGAGUCCCCUAGAUCACUUCCUGACCACUAGAGUCAGGAGACCGCUGCCUAAGGGGCACGGCAUUCAUAUCCACCGCCUCGCGAGACUUAAUUGUAACAUUAUGACGUGGUGUUAUAUGUAAGCAAACAGAUGGCUAAUGUAUCAUUGAGCCACGAUCACUCGUGAAGGUGGCAUGAACAUUGAACAAUCAAUUGAAUGUUCGAUUGAAACACAAUGAAUAUUCAAAGCAGUCCGUGUCAUGAGUCUCUGAGGCCUGUCAUCUUUGUUGUAUGUUGCGGUAUGCGUUAGAAGUUUGUGAUGAGGUAUUGUCUCAUCUCCCUGAUGCGAAAGGAGUAUUUUCAAUGGACUCCCUGAAGCAUAUAACUGUGUAAAUGUAAAACCGCGUUUGUGCAUAGUCACCCGCCAGCCCUCAACACCGGUGUCAUGAUCCAUCGCACACGGUAGAAAUAUAUGUAUCCUAUGUCAUAUCAAGUGGCUUUUAUACCUUGACCCAACAAUCGGCACAAGUUAUUGAAAAUGGAACAUAGAGACAGCAGUGAAGUAGAACUACCACCUCAUGAAGGUGGAGUGACAUUCAACCUCCCAUUUG